CCUCAGCUUUAUGUGUGCUAACUACAGUGUAUAAAUCAGAUGCGUCCUGAAAUAUCAUAAUCCUUCGUAUGUGACCUCAAAGGGCAGCUACUCUUGUAUAUUCAGCCGUUAAAAUAUUUAACAUUACUGAGCUUAAGUUUUCUUUCAAACCUAGGUCAGCCAUGGCAAUGCCGGCUGCAAAGGUUCUUAUGUUUCUUUCUCUCUUUGGGGGCAAACCAAGCUCAGCUGCUGCUCUGGAUAGCUGUGUUUUCUUGGGGGAAGAAGACAAAAACAGUCUGUAUGAAGACGGAGAUGUAGUUAUUGGGGGCUUAUUCCCUCUACACUACAGCCCUGUGUCUUCUCUUCCAACAUACAAAACAAAACCAACACGUAAUAUGUAUAAGUAUUUCAACUCUCGUGCCUUGCGCUGGAUGCAGACGAUGACCUUUGCAAUCAAAGAGAUCAACCAGCGCAGUGACCUACUGCCACAGCUCAAGCUGGGUUUCCACAUCCGUGACAGCUGUGAUGACAUACCUGUGUCUCUGAGAACAUCUUUGCUGUUGGUGAACGGCCAGCCAGAGAGAGGCUCCAGAGCCGAGAGUGUGAACAGAGACAAAGGUCCAGAAAGUAAUAGCAGCUCCAAAUUAGGCUGUGCUGCCGUACAAAGGACUGUGUCCCCAGUAAUCAUAGGAGAUGCUGCUUCUGGGGUGACUAUCGCUCUGCUAAGAAGCCUGGGUUCUUUCCAUAUCCCUCUGGUGAGCUAUUUCGCAUCCUGCAGCUGUCUGAGUAACCAAAGGGACUUCCCCACAUUCAUGCGCACCAUGCCUAGUGACGCCUUCCAGAUCAGAGCCCUGACACGGCUGGUUAGCUAUUUUGGCUGGACCUGGGUGGGAGUCAUUGGUUUGGAAUCUGAUUAUGCUCGCUUUGCAAUCCAGCUCUUCCUGCAGGAGUCAGUGCAGUACGGUGUGUGUGCUGCCUACACUCACUUCUACCCUGUAGUCCUGAGUCAGAAGGCUCUAGAUGAGCUUCUGGAUGUUAUUCAGAUGGCGUCCUCAAAGGUCAUUGUUAACUUUUGUAGUGAGUCAGAGAUGCAGGGCAUUCUAAGAGAGAUUCGACGUCGGAAUAUUACCGGCCUGCAGUGGAUCGCCAGUGAGGCUUGGGCCACUGCCAAAUCACUCUGGGAAAAGUUUGGAGAUCUCCUGACGGGAACUUUAGGAUUUGCAAUCCGGAAAGCUGAUGUGAUUCCAGGGCUGAAACAACACCUCACUAGUCUCAGACCAUCCUAUAUUCAUGAAUCAGGUUUCUUGGCAGAAUUUUGGGAAGAGAUGUUUAACUGUCGACUGAAUGCGUCAGUGAACAGCCACUCUCACGGGGUCGACAACUACCUUGACAGAUUGCCAUGUAAAGGGACAGAGGAUUUAAAUGAUGUUUACUCUCCUUAUUCUGAUGUGACACAGCUAAGAGUGUCCUAUAAUGUCUACAAGGCUGUGUAUUUGGUGGCCCAUGCAUUGCAAGAUAUGAGUAACUGCAUAGUCGGACAGGGACCUUUCCUGAAUGGCACCUGUGCAGACCCAAAGCAUUUUGAACCGUGGGAGCUAAUCCAUUACAUGAAGCGUGCAAAUUUUUCUGCACUGGGGGAGAAAGUCAACUUUGAUCAAAACGGUGACCCCAUUGCCUAUUAUGAUCUCUUGAACUGGCAAAGGAGGCCUGAUGGCUCAUUACAUUUGGUAAAAGUAGGUUUCUAUGACGCCUCUUCACAUGCGGGACGCAGCCUGAUCAUAAAUGACUCAGUGAUUCAGUGGCCUGUUGGGAAGCAGGCUUUCCGGUCUGUAUGCAGUGACAGUUGUCCUCCAGGUACCCGCAUCGCCAGGAGAAAGGGGGAACCCAUCUGCUGUUUCGACUGUGUCCCCUGUGCUGAGGGAGAAGUUAGUAAUAAGACUGAUUCUUUAGAGUGCUCACGCUGCUCAGAGGUCACGUGGCCCAAUAAAGCCAGAGAUCUCUGCAUCCCGAAGACUAUUGAGUUCCUGUCUUACCAUGAGUUAAUGGGUAUUGUGUUGUGUGUUGUAUCUGUCCUCGGAGCUUGUAUUUCCCUCUCCAUUCUUGCAAUAUUCUUCACAUGCAAAGACACAGCACUGGUUCGGGCCAACAACAUGGAACUGAGCUUCCUUCUCUUGGUGUUUCUUGCUGUCUGUUUCCUUGUUGGCCUGUUGUUCAUUGGUGAGCCUUCAGACUGGCUUUGCCGUAUCAGGUACCCAGCAUUCGGGAUCAGUUUUGCCCUCUGCAUUUCAUGCCUACUGGCCAAGACAAUAGUGGUCCUAAUGGCUUUUAGGUACACACUGCCAGGAAGUAAUGUCAUGAAAUGGUUUGGACCCAAACAACAGAGAGCCAGUGCACUUUUAGGAACAGCUGUCCAGGUAAUAAUCUGUCUAAUCUGGCUGCUCACCAGUCCACCUCAUGCCAACAACAACACAGAUUACCACAGUGCUACCAUCAUCAUCGAGUGUGUCACUGGUUCAGAGGUUGGCUUCUGGUGUGUUCUUGGAUACAUUGGCACCUUGGCCUGUAUGUGCUUCCUAGUGGCUUUUUUGGCUCGGAAGCUGCCUGAUAAUUUUAACGAGGCGAAGUUCAUCACCUUCAGCAUGCUGAUAUUCUUUGCAGUGUGGAUUACUUUUAUCCCAGUUUAUGUGAGCACAGCUGGGAAAUACACAGUGGCUGUCCAUAUUUUUGCUAUUUUAGCCUCAUCUUUUGGCCUCCUUUUUUGCAUUUUUGCUCCAAAGUGCUAUAUCAUAAUUCUGAAACCGGAAAAAAACAUCAAGAAAAACAUGAUGCAAAGAUGAAAAUGACAGUACAUUACAUAUGCUGAUAAAAAAGAAUGUAUAAGAAAGGCAUUUUAAUGAAAUAUCUUUGUGUUGUGUUGAAAUAUUGUUGCUCCAAUGCUAGCUAACAAGUUUUCUCUAAUGAUGCAACUAUUGACAGUGGGAAGGAAUUUCCUAAGGGGUGCUAUGUGAGUAGAAGGUAGUGAGGUACAGGGUUACACACAUUGGGGUCACUUGUAGACCUAGAAAAGGAAUGACCUCUGUCUCUCUAGCAAUAGUUCAUUCUGUUGCCAUACGUGCAUGACAACAGCUGUGUAGAAAGGAAGAGCCUUUGCUUAGAUAACCAAGGCCAGAAGAUAGUUUUCUCUGUCUCAGUCUUAGAUGAAGAGACAGACUGGCACCACUUUAGAAUGUAUUACAUGUGACCUGCUAAGUACAACGUGACUUAGGCAAGCAUUAGAGUUCAACACCCAAUAUACAUAUUUAGGUCAGUAAAGAAUAACCUUGUAUGGAAUGCAUCGUAGACUCCAUAUGGCAAGUAAAGGGUUAAAUACUGGGCAUCAGGAAGAGACCUUAAGAUUUCGGUUUUGGCACUACCACGCUACUGUUCUCUGUACUGCUUUUGCAAUUCUCCUCGGCCGAGCUUCAAUAAAUAUUUCUGCUCAAGACAUCCUGAGUUUCCUCAAACCUACAAACCUUCUUCAUCAAUAGAGGGGACCAGCUCACAAGAAUUUCCAUCACAGACAGUACGUUACAACUAAAUAGGUACAACUGUACACAUAUAUUUCGAUUUUUAAUAAAAAUGUCUAUUGCA